GGACAGCAUGCGCGUAAACCGGAUGUCACACGAGCUCAGCGUCACGAGUUGCGGUCCGAAGUUGCGGUGUUACAGGUAUACAGCACGCAAAGUCCAAGUUUAAUGGAAAGAUAGGCAUUUGUGGAGUACCCGCUACAAUCAUGCAUCAACUGAUGGUUGUACUCGCUUGCAUGUGUUGGUUGCUGGCAAGUGUUGCCACCACUCCACUAAAGUUUCAGCCACUAGAUCUGAAUGUUGAUGCAUCUGCAGUGUGUGGAGACAAUAAGACUACCUGUCCAGACAUGGCUACCUGCUGCAAGCUUUCCGAUGGCGAAUUUGGUUGUUGUCCGUUUAAAAAUGCACAUUGCUGCCUGGAUGGAACCCACUGCUGUCCAGAAAAUGCUAGGUGUGAUGAAGAAAAGCAGAAAUGUAUUCCAACAAAUCAUCUAUCUGUCUUCAAUCAUCUGGGGAUCACAAAACUUUAUCAUCCUCGAAGAGUUGCAGAUGUCAUUUGUCCUGGAGGAAAGGAAAAAUGUCCAACUGACAUGACAUGCUGUCCUCUGGGUUCAGGCAUUGGGUAUGGUUGUUGUCCAUUGCCAAAAGCCAUAUGCUGUGCAGACCAUACGCACUGCUGCCCAGUUGGCUAUACAUGUAACUUGCCAAAGGACACGUGUGAUAAGGCUGGCUCACUUAGCAUCCCCCUUCUUACUAAACAGACUUCUGUGAGUGUCGACUGGUCUAAUUCCAUAGAUCAGCCACAUCGCAAUAAUGAGAUGAACUAUCAGCUAUUCCUUGGGGUGGAAGAUGUUUUGUGUCCAGAUAGGAAGUCCAAGUGUCCAGCUGGGACCACAUGUUGUAUGAUGACCACAAGUGAGUGGGGAUGCUGCCCUUUACCAAAGGCAGUCUGUUGUAAAGACAAGCUUCAUUGCUGUCCAGAAGGAAUGACUUGUGAUGUCGCUGGUAGUCGCUGUAGCUCAGGAGAGCACAGCGUUCCCUGGGAUGACAAGUUUAUAGCAAGGUCUGAUGCGGGUGAGAAUGUUAAACAUCGUAAGAAGUCUACAGCUGUUAUUUGUCCAGAUGGAAAGUCCCAGUGCCCCGAUCAAACCUCGUGCUGUGUAAUGACCACUGGGCAGUAUGGAUGCUGUCCAUUACCAAAAGCUGUCUGCUGCAAUGACAAGGUGCAUUGUUGCCCACAAGGCACUACGUGUGAUGUUGCACAGGGAAGAUGCAGCCAGAAAGACCUUUCUUUGCCCUGGUAUAAGAAGUUUGAAGCCAGUGCUGUAAAUGUUUUACCUACCCAGGAGGAGUCAACUAGCAAGAAUGGUGACAAUACUGAUGUUAAAGCUGUUAUUUGUCCAGAUGGGAAGUCUCAGUGCCCAGAUGAAACCACUUGCUGUAAGAUGACCACAGGUCAGUGGGGAUGCUGCCCUUUACCAAAUGCUGUCUGCUGUAGUGAUAAUAUUCACUGCUGCCCCACAGGAACAAUGUGUGAUGUCACACAUGGAUCAUGCAAUAAAGUUUCAGGUGACAGUGCAGACAGUAGCAUUCCAUGGUUUAUGCAUACGCCAGCUUGGGAGAGAGUUCCAACUGUUGCUGUCGUAACCCCUGAACAAAGGACUGGUCUCGGCAACUUGGCAUUGGACAACCACCAUUCCAUGACCUUGGCGACAGAAAUGGUCAACAAGGGUUUGUCAGCGGUGAUAUGUCCUGAUGGUGCCCACCAGUGUCCAGAUAGAAACACUUGCUGCAAGAUGACCACUGGCCAGUAUGGCUGUUGUCCAUUGUUGAAUGCGUCAUGUUGCAGUGAUGGUUACCAUUGCUGUCCACAAGGCUACCUUUGCGAUGGAUCAAUGUGUAUGAACAAUGACAGCAGAGUAACUCACGAGACAAAUCUUUUGGAAGAGAUCUUUAAUCCAUAGAGUCGUAUUCUGGAAAACACUGUUAAGCACUGCUAUUAAGACUGUGGUAGUGUAUGGAUAACUAUCAUGUAACGUGUGUGCACCUGUUAAAUUUUUGCAGUAGUAGUACAGGUAUUACUAGUUAAAUUAAAAUUAAUGUACAAAUCUUUUUGUCACUUCUGCACUAACUUUACUUUUUAUUCUGUGUGCAAGACUGGUUAAUGUAUGGAGGAAAUACAUGUUGGUUUUCACUAUUCUUUUCAUGAAUACAGUAAGUCCAUAUAAAAUGAUUGUUGCAGUGCUGCGAUUGCUGAAUUUACUUUUUGCUAUUUACUUUGAGAAAUUACAAUAAGGAAAUUUUAUGCAUUAACAGGUAACGGGUGUCAUGUCUAAAAUAAUGAUACGAUAAAGUAUUUGUAUGGUUUUCUACUUGUUUGCUGAAAUAGGGUCUUGUAACCAAAGAAUCGUUGGAAAAGAUUUUGUAUAAGAACCAAUAACGACCAAUUUAUUCACUAUUUUCAUGUGAUUGUGUGAAUAUAUACUUUGUAUUACAAAUUUUGUAUGGCCUUGAUAGCACGCAAAUGUUUAUAAAUUGGAUGGAGUCAGUAUGAGUAUGUGAAUGGUGUGUGGACGUGUAUAGGAGAUUAACCUAUGUAUAUUUGCUGGAAUGUGUUUGGUUAAAUAUAAAUAUGAAGUAUAAUAGCACAAA